GUUACAGGCCACCAGAUCAGGCUGAGGAAGCUGAUGAGGCCUUCUAUGGGCAGCUGAGAGCGGCCUCACGGUCACAGGCCCUGGUUGUUGUGGGGGAUUUUAAGUUCCCUGGUGUUUGCUGGAAGGACCGUUCAGCCAGCCAGCCACAGUCCAGGAGGUUCCUGCCGUGCAUCGGUGAGAACCGCCUCAUGCAGGUGGUGGAGGAGCCGACUGGGAGAGGUGCACUGCUGGAUCUCAUCCUCGCUAGCAAGGAGGGUCUGGUCGAAGCAGGAAAGGUUGAGGGCUGCCUGGGCUGCAGUGACCACGAGAAGGUGGAGUUCAGCAUCUUGUGUGGCAGGAACAGAACAGCAAGUAGAAUUGCAGCCCUGGACUUUAGCAGGGGUAACUUUGGCCUUUUCAAGCAAUUGCUGGGGGAAAUCCCACGGGCAAGACUGCUUGAAGGAAAAGGGGCCCGAGAUAGCUGGGUUGCAUUCAGAGAUUGCUUCUUCCACGCUCAGGAUCAGAGCAUCCCCACACGAAGGGAGUCAAGGAAGGGAGCCAGGAGGCCUGCGUGGUUGAACAGGGACCUGUUGGGUAUGCUCAAGCAGAAGAGGAGAGUUUGCAGGUCAUGGAGGCAGGGGCUGGCCACUUGGUAGGAAUAUAAGGCUGCUGUUAGAGGAUGCAGGAAGGCAGCUAGGAUAGCCAAGGCCCCCUAGAAUUACAGCUGGCGAGAGGGGUCAAGGACAGCAAAAAGAACUUUUUCAAAUACAUAGCAGAUAAAACUAACACCAGAGGCAAUGUAGGCCCACUGAUGAACGGGGUGGGUGCCCUGGUGGCAGAAGAUACAGAGGAGGCAGAAUUCCUGAAUGCCUUCUUUGUCUCUGUCUACUCUGCCGGAGGCCGUCCUGGGGAGCCCUGUACCCCUGAGACCCCGGAUGAAGCCAGGUCAGUGGAGGAGUUUGCUUUAGUCGAUGAGGACUGGGUUAGGGAGCAAUUAAAUAGUCUGGACAUCCAUAAAUCCACGGGUCCGGACGGGAUGCACCCGCGGGUGCUGAGGGAGCCGGCUGAAGUCACUGCUGGACCGCUCUCCGUCAUCUUUGCCAAGUCUUGGGAAACGGGGGAGGUGCCCGAGGAUUGGAGGAAAGCAAAUGUCACUGCAGUCUUCAAAAAGGGCAAGAAGGAGGACCCGGGUAAUUAGAGACCGGUCAGCCUCACCUCUGUCCCUGGGAAAGUAAUGGAACAGCUUCGUCUAGACAAUAGAGCAGUGAGGUGGGUUGCAAACUGGCUUAAGGAGAGAAGCCAGAGAGCGGUAGUCAAUGGUGCGGAGUCCAGCUGGAGGCCAGUAUCCAGUGCAGUGCCUCAGGGGACAGCGCUGGGGCCAAUGUUAUUCAGUAUAUUCAUUAACGAUUUGGACGAGGGAAUAGAGUGCACUAUCGGCAAGUUUGCUGAUGACACCAAGCUGGGAGGGGUGGCUGACACGCCAGAAGGCUGUGCUGCCAUCCAGAGACCUGGACAGGCUGGAGAGUUGGGCGGGGAAUAACCUGAUGAAAUUUGACAAGGGCAAGUGUAGAGUCCUGCACCUGGGCAGGAACAACCCCAGGUUCCAGUAUAGGUUGGGAAAUUACGUAUUAGAGAGCAGUGUAGGGGAAAGGGACCUGGGGGUCCUGGUGGACAACAGGAUGACCAUGAGCCAGCCCUGUGCCCUUGUGGCCAGGAAGGCCAAUGGCAUCCUGGGGUGUAUUAGAAGGGGGGUGGCUAGUAGGUGGAGAGAGGUCCUCCUUCCCCUCUGCUCCGCCCUGGUGAGACCGCAUCUGGAAUAUUGUGUCCAGUUGUGGGCCCCUCAGUUCCAGAAGGACAGGGAACUGCUGGAGAGGGUCCAGCGUAGGGCAACGAAGAUGAUUAAGGGAGUGGAGCAUCUCCCUUAUGAAGAAAGGCUGAGGGAGCUGGGGCUCUUUAGUUUGGAGAAGAGGAGACUAAGGGGGGACCUCAUUAAUGUUUAUAAAUAUAUAAAGGGUGAGUGCCAUGAGGAUGGAGCCAGGCUCUUCUCGGGGGCAAACAAUGAUAGGACAAAGGGUAAUGGGAGCCGGAGGAGGGGAUUGCUUUGGGGGCUUCAUCAGGGGUCUGGGACAUGCAGAGGCAGGGCGCCCAGCGGCUGUGUGCCCCCAAUCCAGGGUGCCCCCAUAGCCAUGACCUGGGUGCCGACAGCUGCCUCUGGCCAUUGAUUUCUUCGUUAUUUGCGUCCCCUUCGCUCUCCCGCCACGCUGCAGCGAUGCUGGUGGGAGGGGGCGUUAAGAAACCCCCCCCACCCAGCACCCACCCCUGUGCUGCUGCUCCUUCUCUCUAGAUUUAUAUAUAUUAAAUAUAUAUUUUUAAAAAAUGAGGGGAGAAAAGACCAUCUAGAGGCUCUCAAGGGCCAGUGCCCUCCCCAGCAGUGUGUGCCCCCCACCCUAGAAAUAAUACCUAGAAAAUUGUUCCAGUGCGAUUCUCAGGGGAGCCCCCGCUCCCAACACCCUGGCCCGGGACCCCCCUGACCCCCCCACCUCCGCCAACCCAGUCUGGUCUCUGGCUGUCCAUGGUGGCCGUGGCUUUCUGGGGGGCAGGGGGUGGUGGAGGCCGUGGGCGGUGGGUGAGGAGGGGGCAGCCAGGCGGGCUGGGGGUUGUGGGUGAGGAAGCCCAGUAGGGACUGAAGCUCCUGGGGGCACAGGCCAUGGAGGUGAUGGGGCUGAUGCUGCUCUGUGGCUCUCGGGGGUUCGCAGCUUGGAGAACGUGGCCAGAGCGUCGGGGAAGUUGGGCGGCGUGGCCGGUGUGUUGCUGGGGGUGCACAUCUGCGGGGGUGUCAGAUCGGCCAUGGAUGGUUUUUGGAGUCCCAACCUGCCAACUCCCCAUCACUGAAGAUCUGGCUGCAUCCCGCACCAGGGGAUGCUCGAAGCCGAGCUCUGGUGGGUAUUGGGGUACCCAGCGCUGCAGGGUCUGGGUGGCACCCCCAGAACGUGGGGGCUGCCUGGGGAGGAUCUCCAGCCCAGGCAGGGCCAGCUCGGGCUGCGAAGGACAGUUUGGACCAUCCAGGGUGCUUAGAGCGCUGGGGUGCAGCGGGUUUGGGGAGGGGACACUGCUCUGAUGCCAGCUGCCCCGGGCAGGGAUGAGGUGAUGCAAUGAGGACCAGCACGAUGGGUGGGGAGAGUUUUGGGGUCCCUCAGGACCCUCUUCACCCGGCUCCCUGUCCCCUGCUCCACUUCGCACCCCAUUAGGACACAGAAAGUCAGGCAGGGCCCCCGGGACACGAGGCGCUGGCCGGGCCCCUCGCGGUUCCCGGCACAGCCCCUGCUUUCUGAGCACUGAGCUGAAUUUAGUGCCCUCCCCACCUCCCCCCCGGACAGACCCGGCCCUUUUUGAGGCCAGUCUUGCCAAAAACCCCAGGAGCUCACGAUGAAAAUGAGAAGUUAAAUGAUUCCUCACAACACCAUUCAACACAAGAACCGAGAGGUUUUUGACACCUGCUUCCUUGUCGGUGUCCUACUGAGCACUAGCACAAAGCCAAGAGUGUUGCUCAGCAGCACCAACCGCGUCUGCCAGGAAUUAAUCUUCAACAUGAACCAGGGGCAGCAGAAGGCAAUCACCAGCACCACAGACAGCAAAGGAGAAGUCUGCAAGAUCCCGUAAGGCUGGAAUAGACUGUUGGCAUCUGCUCUCCACGGCAAAACCGGAGGAGAGCGUAGAGGGAAAAGAAAUGAAAGUCAUUGACAGUGAAAAAUGCGUGGCGAAACACAGGAGGUUCUGACACAAGAAGACCCUCCCAGGAGCAAGCCAUGACUUCUGGAGCCAGCAUCUCUGGCCCGGGAUGAACGCUUGCCCAUUGCCGUGUGGCCACUUGGGGUGCAAAACUGGGGUUUGAGAGGGGCUGUUGCCCCCCGGUGUCUUGCUCUGCCUGGAGAUGUCUGUGCAGAGGUCCCUGGACAGGACGCCUCUUCCUCAGUCAGCGCUGGCAAAAACCAUCUGGGGACACGCUCCGUCCCCUGGAACUCUUCCUUGUGUGACUCGCAGCUCACGUGUGACAGCGCUGCUCCAAACUUGGCCAUCUCCAAGGACCGGCUUUCUUUGGGAUGUGGGGUUCACUCUCAGAGGAAUCAUGGCAGCCCUGCUUUCUGUGUUGGGGUCUCCCUUUCAGCGAUGGAGCAGCUUCAGUUCGCAGUGCAAAAGGAUCUUGCAAUGGCUGUGUAGCUAGCAGCAGCGUUUCUGAAGCAUCAGAGGAGAUGUCAGAGCCAUGAGGCUGAGGGACGGGACUCCCAGCACAAGAUUGCCCGUGUUUCAAAAGGGAGGCAGCCGUGCCAGCUGGAGAACCUCUCUCGCAGCUCCAUCCCCAGCAAAGAGCUGUCUCUAGAGCAGUUUGUGCUGCUUACGGGCAAGAUCAGCCUUUGCAUUUGAACCACCUUCUUGCAGAGGUGACAGGAAACAUCCUCUGGUUUAUGUCGUUCCAGCUGCAAAGGCCAGAGCAGUGUUCUUGAGGGAGCAAGCGAUGAGCACAUUUCCUGGUCAGCAGCCGCUGGCUCAUGCCAACGGUCAAGAGAGGCAGAAGAAAUCCCUUCAGAACAGCUCCCUCUCAAAAGACACCCUUCUGCUUGAUGAACCGCAGGGAAAGGCGUCCUAAACCAGGCACUUUGACCUUGUUUUCAGCCCAGGUUCCCAGUGCUGGUGCACUCGUGAGCCAGUCGCUGCCCAUCUGCCACCAAGGGGAAUCGCCUCCGAGGCCAACUGUGCCGUGGGGAAAGGAAAGGGUGAGACGUCGGGAGAGUUUCAUUUAGUGCACAACACGGAUAAAGCCAUUCUCUCUGCAAUUAAAACUGAGGGUAUUUAAUUGAGUGAAAUGAGAUUUCAUUCCCCAUGACCUGUCUGAUUGUACUUUGAAUCUGGGCACGGGCUGCAGUGACCUGCCACAGCAUUUGAGGUGUCACCAGCUGCAUUGUAGGUGGUAAAGUGGGAAAGGCAGGAGGGAGCCUCAGCAUCUCCCAUCCCGUGGGUGACUUCAUCACAAAGGACCAGGGCGGCGCCCGCUGGCUCCUGGGGCGGCUGUUGCCAGGCAACAGAGACACUAUAUUGUCCCCUGUCACCUGUGCCCCUCGCCCAUUUGGUCACUGGCCGUGGUGGGAUCACUUGCCGUGGUGGGAUCACUGUGGUGGUGGACUCAUUUUGGCAGUUGGAUCGCUUUCGUGGUGGGAUCGCUAUUGGUGGUUGCACCACUUUUGGUGGUAGGAUCGCUACUGGUGGUUGAACCACUUCUGGUGGUUGAACUGCUGUUGGUGGUUUUAUCACUUUCGGAACUUGGAUCUGUUUGGCGACUGGAUCACUUUCAUCACUCGGAUUGCUUUUGGCACUUGGAUCUGUUCGGUGACUGGAUCACUUUCUGUGGCAAGAAGGAGGAGGAGAAAGGCUGCUGGCUGCCCAUCCCUCCAACAUCAUCUCCGGACAGAAGAGCUCCCGUCUUCCCACAUCCAGUUCAGUGUUUUCGGGCAGAGCAGCAGCGAUGGCCACACGUGGACUGCUGGAGAUGCUGAACGCCGCCAUGGGGACACCCCAUUUGGGGGUUGUCGACUUGGUGGCACUGCACAAAUUGCUUGAGGCCAUCAUCGGGCAGCUGGGCCAGCAGGAGCUGUCUGUCCUGGAGCCAGGGCAGAGCCUGACCCCCGGCCUGGCAAAGGAUCAGGACAGCAAGGCCCAGCCUGGCCAGGAGAAGGAGGAGGAUGGAGCCCUGGGCACAGGGCAGCACCUCUGGAAACCAAAGCAGCAGCUGGAUGAGAAGGACACGCUGGAUGGGACCGGGAGCAACUCCAAGGUCUCCUCCGUGGCCAAGGAGGCCAUGCCAAAAACAACGGAAGAGGAGAAGAGAGAUGUCCCCAAGAAAAGGGCUUCGCUCCAGGACCUGUGGGAGGAGAUCAGCAAGUUUAAGGAGGCGCAGUCCAGCCUGGAACAGGACGUGCGGGAGAUGAAGGAGGCCAUGCAGGAGGCGCAUUCUGGCCUGGAACAGGACAUCCAGGAGGUGAAGGAGGCGCAUGUCGGCCUGGCAGAGGACAUGCAUGCCCUGCAGGAGGCGCAUUCCGGCCUGGCGGAGGACAUCCAGGAGAUCCAGGAGACGCUUGGCCUGGAGGGUGGUGGGGGCCAGUCUGCCCCCGCUGAGCCCACCCAGGUGGCCAUGGACAGCCAGGCCAGGAGGAGCUCAGCACUGGAGCCAAAGGGACGUGGGACACAGCCUGGGAUGGAGACCAGCAAGGGGACUGCAGGGUCUGGCUCCCCAGGGAUGCAAACAGGGAUACAGGGGCAACCAGCGACCCCUGUGAAGUUGUCAGGCGCUCCCUCCAUUCACAAGAGGUCUAUUGGUGCCAACGCCACCACCCCGGGGAUGCAGCCAGGAUCCCCGGGCACCCAGGCCAGCACCUCCCUGGGGACACAACCAGGGGCCCCUGAUGCCCAGGCCAGCACCGCGGGGAUGCAGGCAGGAUCCCCUGGGACCCACACCACCACCCCUGGGGUGCAGCCUGGGUCCUCCAGCUCCAAAGCCACCAUCCCAGGGGAUGCCCAAGAGCCGGCCAAGCCCUGGGGCUCCACCAGCACCUCAAGCUACGAGUCGGAGAUGCGGGAGGUGCUGUCACAGGUUGGGCAGCUCGGCCAGCUCUGCGCUGGUCUGAAGGAACAGGUGGAGCAGCUUAAAUCUACAAAAGCAGAAAGCACAGAUCUUGAGGACGUGCGCCGGCUCUUCCCAAAGGGAGGCCGGCAGAGCAUCACCAGCAUCCUGGCCGACCUCAGGUGCCAGGUGUCCUUCCUGCAGGACAUGGCCAGGGCCCUCCACGGGGAGAAGGAGAAGAUCAGCAAGGUGGAGGAUGCUCCCAGAAAGACGAGGGGGUCUGGAGCCGGUAGGAAAGCAGACGGCAGUGGCCAGAUGACCCAACAGCCACGGCCCAAGGGACAGAAGGUCAAGGCAGAGCGCAAGGAGCUGGGGAAGCAGCAGGAGCCAACCCAGGCCGAGCUGGAGCAGUUUGCGGCCAAGUACGUGAAUAAGUUGGUGAUGGAGGCAGCGCAGCAGCUGCAGGCAGAGGUGGACGAGCCGAGGACGACGGCGCAGAGCGGGGGACACGAACACGCAGGGUGCCACUUCUGCAGCCCGGACACCAGGGUGCUGCUGGGGAAACUCCUCCAGCGCUGCGAGAAGCUCGAGGAGCAGGUGGAGUCCCUGGUCCAGAAGGCGGGCGGCAAGGUGGAGAGUCAUCCGAAGUGGAGGAGACAGUCCCUGCAGCAGGACGAGCAACUCAAGUGCCUCCAGGCCAGCAUCAUGCAGCUACAAAAGGACUAUGAGAAGUUGAGCUCGGCCCUUGCAAACCUCCAGCAGGAUCGUCAGCAGAAGCAGAAUGACAUCAAGGCUCUGUCCCAGGCCCUGGGGAGGCUGGAGAAGAAGCAAGCAGACAAGGAGGAGAUGCUGGUGCUGGGAAUCGAUGAGAAAGCAGACAAAGCCUCCCUGGCUGACAAAGUCAGUCGCAGCCAGCUUGAGGCGUGCGAGGAGCGGCUGACCAAGAUGAUGGAGGAGGUGACGAGCCAGGUGACGGGCCAGGAGAAGGGCUGGCACCAGUUCCAGCGAGAGCUGCAGAGACAGAUGGACUGCAAGCUGGACCGCCGGGAGCUGGGGGCGUUCCGGCAGCAGCAGGAGGAGCGGUGGAAGAGCCUCAGCGGGCAGCUCCAGGAGAAGGCGCUGCAGGCAGAGCGUGACGAUGCCGCUGGGAUUAGGAAGCAGCUGCUGCCCGGUUUCCAUUGCCUGUCCUGCGACCGGCUCCUCAACAUGCUGGCACCUGGACCGGAGCGGACGGGCGAGUGUAGAUACCCCACUGUUCCGCGGAGCUGCGGAGGCCAACACACCGUCACGCCCCCGCGUUUCCAGCCCAAACCGCCCAGCACCCCACGGCCAUCCAAACCCAGUGCCCGCAGCCCCAACAAGAAGGACGCGAUGCAGCUGUCGGGCCAGGACGGCACUGAUGGGAACCAGCAGGACGAGCAGCUCUCCAUGAUGGGGGGCUCUCAGCUGCCCACAAUGCCAAGGGCCACCCCAGACACCCCGACCUCCAGGAACCGGCCAAGCACCCGCUCCUCGCUGAGAUCAGCCGUGCUGCAGCACCUACCAGUCUCGUCUCCCAGACGCUUCACCCUGGCACCGCAGCUGCUGCCGCCCAUCCCGCCCCCCCGCCGUGAACCAACCCCCUGACAGCCGGGCAGGACGGGGUCCCGGCCCCGGUCCCACCGCCCCGGGCACUGAGCAGGCAGCGGCUGCAAUAAAUGGCGAUGGGAAACCAA